CGCCGGGGAAGCAGCUCCAAGUCCGGGCCUCGGAGCAGACCCAGAGGCUCGGUCGGCGCUGCGAGAGACGCGGCGCGCGGGGGCCGGGAGCGCAGUUUCAGUGGGGCGGGUGUUCCCACCCCGGACUCUCCCGUGGAGCGGAGCCCGGCAAAUGGGCGCCUGAGGAGACAGAGCAGGGAAAUGGACUGCUAUUUGCGCCGCCUCAAACAGGAGCUGAUGUCCAUGAAGGAAGUGGGUGAUGGCUUGCAGGAUCAGAUGAACUGCAUGAUGGGGGCGCUGCAGGAACUGAAGCUCCUACAGGUGCAGACAGCACUGGAACGGCUGGAGAUCUCUGGAGGGGGGCCUGCUCCAGGCUGCCCUGAAAGCCCCUGGACACAGCCGGAAACCCCUCGAUGGGAGGGUGGCAGAGGUCCUGCCCGGCCUGUGGCCUGCUCCCCCUCCAGCCAACCUCCUCUUGGCAGCAGCACCAAGUUUCCAUCCCGUAGGAGUGUGUGGGGGAGGGAUCUGGCCCCCCUGCCCGGGACUCAGCUGCCAGAGCACCAAAGCCGUGCCCAGCAGGGGCCAGAGCUGGUAGAACCUGAUGACUGGACCUCCACACUGAUGUCCCGGGGCCGGAAUCGACAGCCCCUGGUGUUAGGUGACAACGUGUUUGCGGACCUGGUGGGCAACUGGCUGGAUCUGCCAGAACUGGAGAAGGGUGGGGAGAAGGGUGAGACUGGGGAGGCAGGCAGGCCCAAAGGAGAGCGGGGCCAGCCCUGGGAGCUGGGCCGCAGGUUUGCCCUAACGGCAAACAUCUUUAGGAAGUUCUUGCGUAGCGUGCGGCCUGACCGGGACCGGCUGCUGAAGGAGAAGCCAGGCUGGGUGACCCCCACGGCUUCCGAGCCCCGAGCUGGCCGCUCGCAGAAGGUCAAGAAGCGGAGCCAUUCCAAGGGCUCUGGACACUCCCCCUUCCCAGGCACAGGGGAGCCCAGACGAGGGGAAAAUCCUUCCGCAAGCUGCCCUAAGGCCCUGGAACCCUCACCCUCUGGCUUUGAUAUUAACACAGCUGUUUGGGUCUGAAUCCUAGAAGCAGAAAGUUAACUGGACCCAAAAGGGCCAGGUCUCAAUGCUGGGCCCCUGGAAAGAAGGGCGGGUGGGCGGUAUGGCUUUCAAAAGCCUAACUCCAAGUUCCUUUCCCAGAAAGGAGGGAGAAGAAGCAAGAGUGUCCACAGAAGGGC